UCUCUCUCUUUCUUUUCCAGCAUAGGACUUUGCAGGACUGCAUUUAGCCACACUACAAGUCCCAAGUUUCGGAGUGCAAUUUUUGGAGCUUCUCCGCGUCGAUAUUUUACGUUCCCCCUCAACCUAGAAAACAAAAAAAACAACACAACUAGCGCGAUAAAGGUUCGCUUUUACCUGUUGAUGAAGUCCCACCGGGUGCGGGGCGCAGAGGAGCAGUCGCGUUUCUUCACAGAGGAGAGGAGUGAGAAAAAGGUGCAGGCAACACACCGCUCCAGCGGCCAGGAGGAGUGAGGGACUACGCUUUUUCACUUUGCCCCAGCAUUCGCAGCCUGCGCUGGGUUGGUGGAAAAUGGGCACUCCGACCACCUCGAUCUGUGGACUUAUCCUGUCUUUGAUACUCGCAUGCCAGCUGGUUACUGUGACUCAGGCCUCCAAGGUGUGGGGAGAGGUGCCUCUGCCAGAAGACUUGGAGGGGGAGAAGGACGUCCAGGCGUCUCGGAGCUUACUGGACGACGACGAGGACUUUGCUGCUGAUGAAGCUUCAGGAGAGCUGCCCAGUGGAGAGGAUGAUGGAAGCACGCCAUGGCUUCAAGUCCCUGAGAGCACAAUUUAUUACAGAGCUCUCGUCAACUUCACGGACUCCCUGGUCUACGGCCCCGAGCUCGAGGACAUCUUCUCUUCGGCCUUUAAUGAGAUCUCUGAAGCAGUGGUGGACACGCUGGAGUCGGACUACAACAGGAUUCCAGGUGUCCAAACAGUCAGCGUGGUCCUCAUUAAGAAGAUGAUAAGAGAGGAUGGCGUGGACGUAUUUGUGGAGAUGGAUGUGGGUUCUGACUACAACAGCGAUGAUGAACAGAUACGCAGCGUGCUGUACAACGUGGUGAAGGAGGGAUCCAUUGCUUCCUACGUCACAACGGUCCAGGGCUUUGAGUUCAGACGGCUUGGGGAAGUUCAACCUCUGCCUCCAGUGGAGCCUAUAGCAGUGCCAGUAACCACCGGCAUCAGACCCUGCAUGUCAGAUGAGCACAGGUGUGGUGACGGGACAUGUAUCCUGAUGGAAUACCUGUGUGACGACAGACCGGACUGCAGAGACUUGAGCGAUGAGACCAACUGUGACGCAAAUCGGAUGCCCCCUCCAGUCUCCACCACACCUACCACCACCACCACCACCACCACCACCACAACCACCACCACCAUCAAGAAGCCCCUGCGGCCCCCCAGCCCACCUGGACCCUGCAGGGCAGAUCAAGCCACAUGCCAGAGUGGAGAGUGUAUCCCUCGUGACUACGUCUGCGAUGGAGAGAGGGACUGCUCGGACGGAAGCGACGAGAUCAGAUGUGGUACGCCAUCUCCCUGUGAACCCAAUGAGUUCAAAUGUAAAAAUGGCCGCUGUGCCCUCAAGCUAUGGCGUUGUGAUGGAGACAAUGACUGUGAGGAUAACUCGGAUGAAACGGAUUGCCCCACUAAGGGUCCCGGCGAUAGGUGUGCUCCCGAGCAGUUUGAAUGCCUGAGCGAUCGCACCUGCAUCCCAGCUAGUUACCAGUGUGAUGACGAGCCAGACUGCCCUGACCGCUCUGAUGAGUACGGCUGCACCCCUCCCUCUGUCACAAGCCCGCCGGAAGAGUCCAUUCAGGCAGCGCGGGGGGCGUCGGUGACGUUCACAUGUCAGGCUGUUGGAGUGCCAACACCCAUCAUCACCUGGAGACUCAACUGGGGACAUAUUCCUCUCAGCAGCAGGAUCUCCAUGACCAGCGAGAAUGGCCGCGGCACCCUGACCAUUCGGGAUGUGAAGGAGGCCGAUCAGGGGGCGUACACCUGUGAGGCCAUCAAUGCUAAAGGCCUGGUGUUUGGUAUCCCUGACGGCGUGCUUACUCUCACAUCGACUGCAAAUCCAGGCAACUGUCCUGAUGGUCACUUUAGCGUGGAGGGCCGCUGUGUCUCUUGCUUCUGUGCUGGAAUCUCCAAGAACUGCAAGGGCACCGGACGCUACCGCAACCAGCUCAGCCUGCGUUUCACCGAGGAGGAAGACUUCAAAGGAGUGAAUGUCACCUACCCAUCAAGGCCAGGCAUUCCUCCUCUCUCCUCCACUCAGCUUCUCGUUAACCCAGAGAUGGAAGAGUUCCAGCUUGUCGACGUGUCACGCCGUUUCCUCAACCUUGACUCUUUCUGGACGCUGCCUCGCCAGUUCCUGGGCAAUAAGAUUGACUCCUAUGGAGGUUCCCUGAAGUUCAAGGUGCGGUACACAUUGGCCCGCGGUCUGUCUGAGCCAGUGGAGAAGCCGGAUGUAAUGCUGGUUGGAAAUGGACGCAGGCUCGUGUACCGGAGAGGCAACCCUACCCCUGCCCGAGUGGUCAACCAGAGGGACAUCAAAUUCACUGAAGAUAAAUGGCAGCACUCCAACGGCCGCACUGUGAGCCGCGAGGAGCUGAUGAUGACGCUAGCCAACCUGGACGGCAUAAACAUCCGCACUAUCUACGACAACCACAUGGUCAGCGUGGCGCUCGGUGACAUUGUCAUGGAUACCACCACUGUGGAGUUCAGCACUCUGGGUCAUGCUAAGGAUGUCGAAGAGUGCAGAUGUUCUCCUGGAUAUUCAGGCCUGUCCUGUGAGACGUGUUCCCCCGGUUUCGAGCGUGUCCCUGGCGGCUCCUAUCUUGGCACCUGUGCUGGUUGUAACUGCAAUGGACACGCCAGCGCCUGUGACCCAAUCAGUGGACACUGUCUGAGCUGCCAGCACAACACAGAGGGCCCUCAGUGUGACAAGUGUCGCUCUGGUUACUUUGGUGACCCGAGCAGAGGUCGCUCAGAUGACUGCAAGCCCUGCCCCUGCCCGUACUAUGAGACCUCACGGCGGUUUUCUGACACCUGCUUCCUGGACGUUGACCAACAGCCAACAUGUGACGCCUGCAGGCCCGGCUACACAGGAAGACGCUGUGAAAAGUGUGCUCCUGGUUACCAGGGUAACCCUCUUCUGCCUAAUGGAAGAUGCUCUCCUUCCACACCUACCCAAAGCUGUGAUAACAGAGGGACUCUCACCUCCCGCAGCAGACCAUGCAGCUGCAAGAACAACGUGGCAGGCGCUGUGUGUGACGAGUGUAAGGCCGGAUUCUUCCACCUAUCGGAGACCAACCCCGAGGGCUGUCUACGUUGUUUCUGUAUGGGCGUCACCAAACAGUGCGCCAGCUCCACUUGGAAUAGAGAUCAGGUGCGCGGAGGGGUGAACGGGCAGCUCUUCUCCCUCUCCAACAGUGCCAACACCAAAACUAUCUCCGAAGGCAUCUCCCAGAGGGGCUCCUCUGAAGUUGUCUACCGCUCAUUCUCCAGUGUCUCCAAUGACAUCUACUACUGGGUCCUGCCUGAGAGCUUCAGAGGAGAUAAGGUGACGGCCUAUGGCGGGGAGCUUCACUACACGGUGCGGUUUGAACCGUUUCAGCGCUCGCUGGUGAUUGACGGCCAGCCAGAUGUGGUUCUCCAGGGCAAUGGCAUCUUCCUGGAGCACUUCUCCCAGACCAAGCCUCUUCCACGUGUCCCACAAACUGUGACCGUGACCUUCAGAGAGUCUGGAUGGCGUCGCUCUGAUGGGCAGCCAUGUACUCGUGAGCACCUACUGAUGGCCCUGGCUGAUGUUACUGUCUUCAUGAUCAGGGCCACCUACGCAGACAACAUGGCUGAGAGCAGUAUCUCAGACAUCAAGAUGGACGUCGCUGUUCCUCAAUCUACUGGUAAUGAACGUGCUCUGGAGGUGGAAGAGUGCGCCUGUCCUCAGGGAUACAGAGGGCCCUCUUGCCAGGAGUGUGAUGAAGGUUACACCCGGACCAGCUCUGGCCUUUACCUGGGCACUUGCGAGAGGUGCGACUGCAAUGGUCACGGCGGCGGCUGUGACACGGAGACCGGCAGAUGUCUGCAAUGUCUCCACAACACCGCCGGCUCACGGUGUGAGCUCUGUCAGACUGGGUUCUAUCGAAACCCGGUAACGGACGUUGCUCAAGCCUGCCAGCCCUGCCCCUGUCCUGGAACGACUUCCAGCAACCAAUUCUCCUCCACCUGUUAUCUGGAGUCCGACGGCCAGCCGACAUGUGACAACUGCCCCCCUGGAUACACUGGCCGACGCUGUGAAAGAUGUGCAGCAGGAUACACUGGCAAUCCACCGCUUGGACAGAGAUGUAUUGUUGGUAACAAUGACGUCAAUGGUAACUGCUACAACUGUGACCAAAGAGGAAGUGACGGUUGCAAUGGUGGUGUGUGCCGCUGCAAGUUGAACGUCGAGGGCCCAUCUUGCUCCAGCUGCAAGUCUGGAACCUUCCACCUCAGCCAGGAAGACAAAGACGGCUGCCUGUCCUGUUUCUGUAUGGGCGUCACUCAGCAGUGCUCCAGCUCUACCUACUACAGAGACCUGGUGUCCUCAGUGUUUUCUCCAGGAAACUUCCAGGGAUUCGCUCUGGUGAACCGCCAGCGCACCAACCGUAUCUCCACUGGUUUCACUGUGGAGGUUUCCACUGAAGGCACUCAGCUGUCCUACACCAACUUUGAUUACCUGGGACAGGAGCCUCAUUACUGGCAACUUCCAGGGGUCUACCAGGGAGACAUGAAAAAAUCUUUUUUUGCUCGCACAAAACGAGCAGAGCAGAGUGACUCGCACUCACCAGAGGAGCAGCUAAGGAAGGAUGCUUCCAUUUGGAACCUAAUGGCCUCUGAACGUAAAGACAUCCACAGAGUCAAAAGAACGAGCCAGGGUGAUGUCAGACAGCUGGAUGACGAGGUCUGGGCUCUCUUCUCUAACUUCUCCAAAGGACAAGCUGGUUCCUCUCCAUUCUUUCCCUCCUCCUCUAAAUCCUCCACCUCUUCCUCCUCUUCUUCUUCCUCUCGGAUCCCAACUUCCUCCUCCUCUUCCUCUCGAUGGUCUUUGCGUAACCUGAGCCCCUCUUCUUCCUCGUCCGGUAUGUCCUCUUCAGUUAGGACAACCAGACCCCAGCCCUACUCCGCAGGCCGCUCUCCCCAUCUGCAGAGCAAGAACUCAGUGAGCAAGACUUUUGCUCGUGCUUCUGGGGACAGCAGCAAGUACGCUCUGGUCUACAAAGGUUUCAGCUUGCACCAGGAUGAUCUGCUCUACUGGCAGCUCCCAGCGCAAUUGACAGGGGAAAAGGUGGGUUCUUACGGCGGCAAGAUUAAAUACUCCAUCUCCUAUGUGGCUGGGCCAAGAGGAACACUACUUGAUGAUGGCGAUGUCCAGAUUAUUGGUAACGACAUCACUUUGGUAGCUAGUCAGCCCUGGAAGAGGAGGCAGCAGGGCAGCAGAGAGACUAACCAGUUUGAGAUUGUCUUCAAAGAGGAAAACUGGCGUCGUCCUGACGGCAUGCCGGCCACCCGCGAGCACCUGUUGAUGGUUUUGGCUGAUCUGGAUGACAUCCUGAUUCGAGCAUCCUACUCCACUGAGAUGCGGUCCUCCAGUAUCUUUGAUAUCAGCAUGGAAGUGUCGGUGCCUAACUACAGCGGCUUGGCUCAAGCCCUCGAGGUGGAGCAGUGCCGCUGCCCACCUGGAUACCGGGGACUGUCUUGCCAGGACUGUGCACCUGGGUACGCUCGCACAGGAGGAGGUUUAUACCUGGGCCAUUGUGAGCUCUGUGAAUGCAAUGGCCACUCUGACUCCUGCCACCCUGAAACUGGCAUCUGCAUGAGCUGCCUGCAUAACACUCAGGGGGAGCUCUGUGAGCAGUGUGCUCCUGGCUUCUUCGGUGACCCCACUGUUGGCACUCCAGAGGACUGCCAGCCCUGCGCAUGCCCUCACAAUGACCCAGACAACCAGUUUUCCCCCACCUGUGAGAGCCUUGGAAAUGGAGGCUACCAGUGUACUGCCUGUCAGCCUGGGUACACUGGCCAGUACUGUGAGCGUUGUGCUCCUGGAUACGUCGGCAACCCUCAGGAGAGACAAAAGUGCCGUCCAUACGAUGCUGCAGCCUCACUGGUGGUGAAGGUUUACCCAGAGAGGGUCCUGUCAUCCCAGGGUGGCUCUGUCACUCUCCGGUGUCAGGUGUCCGGCUCUCCUCCACACUACUUCUACUGGUCCAGAGAGGAUGGACGAUCCAUCUCCAGCAGUGUUGACAGACGCAGACAAGGAGCAGAGCUGUACUUCACCAACGUCCAGCCGAGUGAUGCCGGUGUCUAUAUCUGUACCUGCAGAGACCAGCGCAGCACCAACAGGAGCCACGCUGAAAUUGUUGUCACAAGUGUCCCAUCCAAAGCCAUUGAGGUCACAAUCGAGGAGCCCAAAGCCCAGACUGUCAGGCCGGGCUCAACCAUCAAUUUCAUCUGCACUGCAAAGAGCAAGUCACCAGCCUACACCCUGGUGUGGACACGGAUGGGUAACGGGAAGCUGCCCAACCGGGCCAUGGACUUCAACGGCAUCCUGACAAUUCAGAAUGUCCAGCCCGAGGAUGCAGGCGCGUACGUUUGCACAGGCUCCAACAUGUUUGCCAUGGACGAGGGCAAUGCCAUCCUCUACGUGCCAGAGGCCUCACAGACUCAGAUGUUUUACACAGCCUAUGAAAUGUUUGAAGGACAUGGAAAGCCUUCAGAGGAAGCCCAGCCUGUGGCCAGCGUCACUCCCUCAGUGCUGAAUGUCCAGCAGGGCCAGCGGGCAGAGUUUCGCUGCACUGUGACCGGGAACCCAACCGCUGCCAUUGAAUGGAUUGGGGGUCCGGGGAACAGAAUGAGUCCAAGAGCUGUUGUACGAGGUGGCGUACUGACCUUCACAGCAGUGGACCCAGCUGAUGAGGGAGAGUACACCUGCAAGGCCCUGAACACUCAUGGGGAGCACACAGCACGGGUUUCCCUCUUUGUACAAAAGUCUAACCCAAGUGGCCUGGGCACCCAGCCCCAAGUCCAAGUCAGUCCCCAAAAUAUCGAAGCUCAUGAAGGAGACAACUUGAGGUUGUACUGCCGAGCAACAGGAGUACCCACCCCGAAGCUCACCUGGCUGAAAAACGGAGGACGAAUCCCGCCACAGGCCCUUCCCUCUCAUGGUUUCCAUCAAUUUAAAAGCAACAGUCUCGAUGUGUUACAGAGACGUAUUGAGGAGCUGCAGGCUCGCAUGGACCGCACCGACAUCGGUACUCUGAUCAUCCCCAACAUCCAGAUGUCCGACUCGGGCACAUACAUGUGUGUUGGUAGCAACAACAUUGGCUCAAAUAGUGCUCCCAUUAAAGUCUCUGUGCUCAAAGGGGACCAUAGCCUCUCAGUGGUCAGCAUCCAGCCAGCUAUAGCUGAUGUGCAGGAGGGACAGAAUCUGGAGCUCAACUGUUUUGCCCCUGGAAAUCCUCCUCCACAAGUCACCUGGACGAAAGCCAGUGGACGACUCUCCUCUAACCACCAGGUUCUGGGCAGUCAGCUGCGUAUCCUGUCAGCCACUCCAGAGGACUCAGGGGAGUAUGUCUGCCGGGUGAACGGCAACCCUGGAAACCCAGGAUCUCAUGUCCAACAAGCCUCUGUGUCGGUGUCUGUCACUUCAUCUUCUUCACGUCUUCAGAGUCCAAUCAUCGCCAUUGAGCCCCACAGUGCUGCAGUGCGUGUGGGGGAGUCGGCCAGCUUCAGGUGUAAGGUGUACAGCGGAGCCCAGCCUGUCAGACUGGAGUGGAAACUGGCCAACAACCAGCCGCUGCCAGAUAAUAUUAAAGCUGGCCCUGAUGGUUCUGUUAUUACCAUUACCAAUGCCCGCCCUAUGAACCAUGGCGCCUACCGCUGUGUGGCGAGCAACCCGUUCGGCAUCACCCACACCAUUGUGUCUUUGAUUGUCAAAGAGUCUCCUGUGGCCACUGUCACUCCUGUUGGACCUAUAAGUGUCAGGGUGGGUGAACCCAUUAACCUGGAAUGCCAGGCAUCCGGAGAGCCCCGCCCUUCAGUCUCAUGGCACAGGCUGGACAGCAACCGCAAGACCAUGCUGAGCAGCCCCGUGCCCAUGGAGUCCAAUGCAGUCAUGCAGAUACUAGUGGCACGUGCAGAAGACAGUGGCACUUAUGUUUGCACAGCUCGCAACAACGAAGGCACCACUGAGACCAAGGUGGAGGUCAUUAUUGAGGGAGGCUCUCAAGUGCCCACAGUGCCCAGGGCUUCUGUUCCUGAGCCGCUGAUGGUUGUGGUGGAAGGGCAGACGGCAACGCUGCGCUGUGAGGCCCACGGUUUGCCGUCCCCGACGAUCACCUGGUCCAAGCUGCGGUCUCCUCUGCCUUAUAGACACAAGGUGGUGGACAACAGCCUGGUGCUGCCCACUGUGGGCCGCCAAGACUCUGGAGAAUACAUCUGCACUGCAACCAACAACAUGGGCACCACUGAAGUCACCGUCAUGCUAGAUGUAGAGUCCCCUCCUUAUGCCACUUCUGUGCCUGACGAUGUGGCUGUGCGGGUCGGGGAGGUGAUCAGGUUGCAGUGCCUUGCGCAUGGCACUCCUCCCCUGACCUACACUUGGACCAAGCUGGAUGGAAACCUGCCCCCGAGGGCCCAGGUUAGCGGAGGGGAUCUUCAGAUCGACCUGGCUACCGCUGAGGAUGCUGGGAGCUAUAAGUGCGUGGCCAGUAACAAAGUAGCCAACAGCGAAGUCAUCGCUAAAGUCACAGUCAGAUCCCCCUUGGCAGUGCGCGUGUCACCCCAGGUUGAAGUAAAGGCCCAAGGCAGUGCUGUGGAGUUCACCUGUUCGUCAGCAGGCGGCAUAGAGACCAGAAUUGAAUGGCUGAAGGAAGGAGGAGCCCUGCCACCGAACCACCACGUCAAGGACGGGGUGCUCAGGAUUGAGAACCUUGAGCAGAGCAACGAAGGCGUUUAUAUCUGCAGAGCCAGCAGUGUGUAUGGUCAGGCCCAGGACACUGCCAGGUUGACCAUCCAAGCCCUGCCAAAGGUGAUGAUCAACGUGCGCACCUCGGUCCAGACUGUGAUGAUAGGGAACUCUGUGGAGUUUGAGUGCCAGGCUGUUGGCGACCCAGAGCCCACGGUUAAGUGGAGUAAAGUCGGUGGGUCUCUGCCUGCUCACAUCAUGGUGAAGGGCGGCAUGCUGAGGAUCGACAAGGUGACGGAGGCCGACGCCGGGCAGUACCGCUGUACGGCCACCAACGACGUGGGCUCGGUCCAGUCACAGGUGGUCCUUAACGUCCAGUCUCUUCCUCAAAUUGCUGCGCUGCCUGGAACCAAGGAGGUCACAGUUGGGUCUGAUGCGGUCUUGCCCUGUGUGGCUUCAGGAUACCCUGUACCUGAGAUCAAGUGGUCCAAGGUGGAAGAAGAGCUUCCUCCUAAGUGUUUCCAGGAGCUCAACACGCUGACGGUUCCUCGCGUCUCCCAUGAGGAUUCUGGGAUAUACGUCUGCACCGCCUCUAACAAACAGGGGAAAGUGGAAGCCUUUACUACACUUCAAGUUCACGAGAGAGUGAUGCCAUACUUUGCCCAGGAACCCUUGUCCUACCUCACCCUGCCCACCAUCAAAAAUGCCUACAAGGCUUUCAGCAUUAAGAUCAACUUCAGACCUGAUAAUGGUGAUGGUCUCAUAUUGUACGCUGGUAUGAUCCUCUACAAUGGCCAGAGGAGGACCACAGGAGCAGACUUUAUCUCUCUGGGACUUGUGGGCGGCCGCCUAGAGUUCAGGUUUGACGUGGGCUCAGGCAUGGCCGCCAUACGCGACCCCAACCCUGUCAAACUGGGAGAGUUUCACACAGUUGAGCUGUAUCGCAACCUCACUUUGGGCUAUAUCAUAGUAGACGGAGGGGAGCCCAUCAACGGCAGCUCACAGGGCAAGUUCCAGGGCCUGGAUCUGAAUGAGGAGGUGCAUGUGGGUGGUUAUCCCAACUACACAGUCCUCACCAAAACAGCCGGAAUUAAGACUGGUUUUGUCGGCUGUAUCCGUCAGCUGGUCAUCCAGGGUGAGGAGGUCAUUUUCAAAGACCUGGACCGCAGCUCUACUGGCGUCACAAACUGCCCCACGUGCAAAGACCACCCAUGCCAGAAUGGAGGGAUGUGUGAUGACUCAGAAGCCAGCUUGUACAAGUGUGGCUGCCCCAGAGGAUUCACAGGCAGCAACUGCCAGCACCACUCAUCCCUGCACUGUCACUCAGAGGCCUGCGGACCAGACGCCACUUGCAUCAACCGCCAAAAUGGCCUGGGCUACGACUGCCGCUGCCAUCUUGGCAAGUUUGGAAACAAAUGCAUGGAUGGGGAAUUGGUGACCACUCCACUGUUUGAUGGCGAGGAGUCAUACAUUGCUUAUCCUCCCCUGACCAACAUCCAUGAUGACCUGCGUGUUGAGCUGGAGUUCAAGCCCCUGGAAAGAGAUGGCCUGAUGUUCUUCUGUGGAGGGAAGAAAAUGAAGGUGGAGGACUUUGUGGCCAUCUCCAUGGUGGAGGGACAUGUAGAGUUCAGAUAUGAACUGGGCACAGGCCAAGCAAUCCUUCUAAGUUCAGAGCCGGUCUCUCUGGGGCAGUGGCACCGAGUUGUAGCCGAGCGAAACAAGAGGGCCGGCCACCUGAAGGUCGAUCAAGGCCCACUGGAGAAAAAAACGUCUCCAGGAAAAGCCCAGGGCCUCAAUAUCCACACCCCCAUGUACCUGGGAGGAGUCCCCAACAUGGACAUCCUGCCCAAGCCUGCCAAUGUCAGCGAACUGUUUGAGGGAUGUAUAGGAGAGGUUUCCAUCAACAACAAGAAGGUGGAUCUGUCCUACAGCUUCACAGAAAGCAGAUCUAUCCGCAAGUGUGUGGACAACAGCCCCUGUGACCGCCGGCCCUGCCUGAAUGGUGGUCACUGCAUGUCAAAUGUUGAAUAUGAGUACCAGUGCCUCUGUAAGGAUGGAUUUGAAGGUGAGCGUUGUGAGGUCGUGAAAGACGCGUGCCAGAGCAACCGUGAAUGCCAAAAUGGCGGCAGCUGUGUCGGCGGCCAGUGUGUGUGUGCACCUGGCCGCACAGGUCUAAACUGUGAAGAAAGCCAGGUCUCCAGCUUCCCCGAGGCCCUGAGGAAUUUGGAAAGUAGCGAGGCAAAUGAUUCACCCUAUCAGUAUGCGGCUCAUUUCCACGAUGAUGGAUACAUUGCCCUUCCUAAAUCUGUUUUCCCAAGAAGCGCCCAUGACUCGCCAGAGACAAUCGAACUGGAGAUCAACACAAGCUCCUCUGAGGGCCUGAUCUUGUGGCAGGGAGUGGAGACCAAUGGCGCACGCAAUUUGCGAAAGGUGCAUGCUAGUAAAAAGGAACUUGGAGAACAUGGCAAAGGCAAGGACUUCAUCAGCCUCGGUCUGCAGAAUGGACACCUUGUUUUCAGUUACCAGUUGGGCAGCGGAGAGGCAGCGAUCUUGUCCCGGAGGACCAUCAAUGAUGGGAGAUGGCAUAAGGUCACAGCAGUCAGAACUGGAAAAGAUGGAUACAUCCAGAUUGAUGGAGGAGCCGCGCUACAUGGACAGUCUAAAGGCAGAAGCCUUAUGGUCAACACCAAAGGCAGUAUAUACCUUGGCGGAGCUCCAGACAUGGCUGCGAUGACGGGAAGGAAGUUUUUGUCUGGAAUGACGGGCUGCGUGAGGAACCUGGCACUGAUGAACGCCCUGCCGGGACAGCAGCCUGCCCAGGCCAUCGACCUGCAAACCCACGCAGCCCAUGGCAUCAACGUGCUGCAGUGCUCUUCAUAGAUCGCAGCACACACGGAAACACACACACCCACCAACACACACACACACACACACACACACAGAGACUAUGGAGUGAUGUCAUACACACACAUCAGACUCACACAGAGAGACUUGGUGCUUCGCUGCUACCAAAAAAAUGCCAAGACGACACAACAAGAUAUGUUUCUCUGUGUGCAGUAAAACCAAAAAAGAGAGAAAAAAAUGAAACGAUAUUAACAAGUCUUCUCUUCCUCAGUGUUGUAUUCUCAAUGAAGGACUAUUAACACAGGAGAACCAGUACAGUUUACAUACUUCCAGCAGUAGUUUUAGCCAUGAAAAGAGUAAGAGUAAAACAUAUUAGGCCUUCUACGAUGGGUCAGAUCCUAUGGAGAUGGAGAUUGUUUUUACAGCACUGAAUUUUUAUUUAUAUACAUAUGAAUAUAUAUAUAUUAUAUUUGUGGGGGGGAAAACAUGCAAACUAACCAUAACUGCUCUUCAACUUUCCUAGAGUUUAUUCUGGGUUCUAAUACUGUGUGUCCAGGGCUUUUUAUAGGCCUAACUGUAUUAAUACUUGAAGAUGUUUAGGCCUUCUUUCUUCACUUCUGUAGAGGAACUUUUUUUUUUUUUUUUUUUUUUUUGCGCACGCGAGCAUGCAGUUACAGUCUUUUACAAAUUGUUGCAAGAUGAGCGCACAUGGUCACAUGCAGCUUCAGUACACAACUCAGGUCGUCCAAUACAAAUUAAUAACCGCAAAUGUUACAUACUUCUGCUUUCACUCAGCUGAUUUAUUUUCCUCUUUGCAAGUCAUUCACAGAGCUGUUGUGUCUUCUGUGUCUGCAUUUAUUCUUUUUCAUGACAGAGAAAGAAACCGUGGUGCUACUGUCAGACAUAAAGAUACAGCACAUAGUCAAAUGGUUGCCUGUCUGUCACAUGUACAGUCGAGCACUGUGGUUACUUGGGUUAAGAAAUUCUACAUCCAACAGUAUACAUUAGUGUCACAUUUGUUGAUAUGCAUGGCAUUCAAAGUUGCUUUUAUAAGAAUAUGCCAUGAUUUGUUGCCUCCACAGCCAUAUUUGAUUGAGUAGAUCUCAAAGCAGUUUUAAAGAGCUGAAAAUAGGGUCAUUUUUUUAUGUGUGAUUGUUGAAGAUGUUGUUUUAUGUGUAAGACUAUCUGCCAGACAGGUAGAUCUCACUAGAGAAUGAGUGUGAAUGCUAGGACUUUUGUUGGUUAUGUAUGCCUCAGCCCCUUCCAUUUCUCACAGGUCACUCUACUUUAAGCCACAGUAUGGAGUCAAGUAUGUGUGUGUGUGUGUGUGUGUGUGUGUGUGUGCGCGCGCCUGUGUCAUUAUCCAUAUCCUCAGAAGGGUCAACCCAGAACUGCCUCAAUAUGUCACUUAUUUUUCGGGUUAGGUAGCUUUAGCGACAAUGCAGUAAGCUACAAAACUCUUGACGGCUCUGUGGUUUUCUCUGCAGAAGGAGAUUCAUCUGCAGCAAACAGCAGUAGGACACAGUUGGGAUAGUGUUUGAUGGUGUGUGUGUGGGAAUGCAGUGGAAGCCUCCUGCAGGUGCUGUGACCAGUAGUGUAGCUCAGAUAGAGCAUGCUCGCCCCCCCCCCUUUAGUUUCAACCACACCACAAUACCACAACGGCACCAUCGCUUCGGGGUUUCACAAAACUUUUUUCUCAUUUUGUAAGCUCAAAAUAUUUGUAUUAAUAUCCUUUAAACAAUUAAAAUGAGCACUAUCCUUUCUCUUAGAGUUGACUCAUUUUUAUUUAUUUAUUUUAUGUUUUGUUUUUUUUUCUUCUCUUUUUCAUCGCUUUUGGUUCAAGGCUUGAUUCUGCUGUUUUUAGAGUAAUCACAUCUUGCUAUUUCCUUUACUCUGGUUAUUGUGUAUUGCCUCCCACAUCCCCUUGUUUUCCCCCUCAUGUUUGAGUUUGAAUACGGCCCCCCGGGAAGUUCUUCACAAAUCCUCAAUGAAGUUUCAUGAAAGGUUAAUAUAUAAAACCUUGAACUGCCUGCUCAAAAGGUUGGAAACAGGUCUUAUUAUUAUUACUCAAAUAAAAAAAAGUCUUAGCCUCCAAAUGCAACAAAUGGAUUAUUCAUCUGCGCUGGAAAUUGUCAUCAUGUUUGUUCAGAUAUGAACAUGUGGAUUGAAUAGAGCCACGGUUGUGGUCCAGAUUUAGGACACUGAAGCAGAGACUGAUGGUGUGUGUGUGCCCCUUGUUGGGUGCCUUUUGUGUAUCUGCUCUUAAACUGGAUUUUCAUAUAUAUACACUGUACACUCUUGCCCAAUGCAAAGUUGUCAAGAAACUUCCACUGCUUUUCGGUUGUUUUUUAAGCCUUUGCAAAAUAUGAACGGUGCACUUAUAGUAAUGAUGGACAUUUUUAUUUUAAAAUUUGUUUCACUUCUGAAUGCCACGAAAAGAGGAUAACUUGAAUGAAAGUGUACCAGAUGAAAUAUUGUCAAUGUCAGGACGACCUGACUGCUCCAUUUCCAAUGUUUAAAAGACGCUCCCCUUGCCUUUGGUGUUUCUUAAUUAAAAACAAAAUUCAUGUGCUA